AUGACGAGAACUCCCUUUCGUGGGUCUGCUCCGGCGUCAAGCCCUCAUUCGGAGCAUGACACCACCUUUCACGGAACACCCUCGACCAACCUGACCUCCUUCACCCCUGCAACUGGAAACAUUGGCUACAGAAAGCCUUAUGUCGAAGAAGCAGCCCAGCGCCAUGCCAACAACUGGGAGGAAGUCCGUGAGCCUGCAAAGACUGAUGCCAUCAGACGUACCACCCCUACGAAGACUGCCAGUGAUGAUGUCUUCCUGACUGCACCUGCCAUGAGCUCUGGCCCACAACUCUCUCCCACUGCUCGAGUCUUCCAACCCAUGUACACCUUUUCGGCAAUGCCAACUGUUGCUCGUCGGUCUCCCCCCCUCGCUCGAGUCAACCGUCCCCAUGUCUUUGGCCCACCACCAAGUGCUCGUCAUGGCCAUGGAGCUCACCAAACUCUCACUCCCCUUGGAACUAUUGCUGGCGUGAGAACCCUUCUGCAGGACAGUGUCCCAGACACGAAGGUCCGUGGUGAAAAAGAAGCCUCCGCGUGGGAAGACCGCCGACCAGUGUCGCAAAUCAAGUGCAUCAAUGGCCGCUUUGACACCGACAUUGAAGCAUACCUCGACCGUCUUGGUGUCUGGAAUGUUGAGCACAUGAACUUCAUGUCGAAUGCUUCCGGCAAAUACAUCAACGAUGUGCACUUCUCUGAGGGGGUCUUCAGCACCGAUGAAAAAGCCCCUCGUGCGUUCGUAGUCAUGGGUAUUCCUGCUGAGUUCCGCUCUCUCCGCGUUGCAGAAGCUUUCAAGAUUGAAUCAUUCCCCUCCUUGAAAACCAUCAAUGCCUCGCAAGUCGUUGCUGGUGGUCUCUUCACCGUUGCAUUCUCCGAUGUUCGAGAUGCAAGAAAGGCAUGGGACGUCGCUACCAAACUCGUUCCACACACUCGUGUCUUUUCUCUAUUCCCAAGAGGUGUCGCUGCGGAUCAAGGCUACAACCCAAGUCACAUCAGUGAUUUUGAAGGCCAAAUCAUCUUGUCGGUCUACUACAAUGGAAAUCCCAACUUCAAGCAACUCGAGGCUGCUCCAAUUGUCGCUGAGAUCAAGCGUCUCCUUGCUCAAUGUGGCGAAGUCAAGGCCAUGCACACCUUGCCAUCGACCCAACUUCACUGCCGCGAUUUCCGUGUUGAGUUCUACGACUCUGCCGCUGUCCCCGUUGCCAAGGACGUCAUCAGUGGUACCAUCCUCGAGGGCGGUGUCGUUCUUCACGCCGAAGCAUACUCUCCAGACAUUGUCUUCCAGUCAGAUGACGUCGAUGCACCAUUUGAGCAGCUCUCAAUCACUGGCCGAUCCACUGUUCCAGUUGACGAAGAUUACGAUCGUCUUGCUUACGCCAUCACUCGUGAUGUCCUUCGCAAUGGUCGCCGCCUGAACAACACAAAUCACAAUGCAGUUGACAUUGCUCGAAUUCAAUCUGGCAUGGACGUCCGUACUACGAUCAUGUUGCGCAACAUUCCAAAUCGUGUUGAUCAAGGAAUGCUGAAAGAGAUCAUCGAUCAUACCAGCUUUGGUCGCUAUGACUUCAUGUACCUUCGCAUUGACUUUGCCAACAACUGCAAUGUCGGCUAUGCCUUCAUCAACUUUGUCGAUUUCGUCCUUGCUCGUGCUGGAAAACGUUGGAAUUGCUUCAGCUCUGACAAAGUUGCUGAGGUGUCGUAUGCCACAAUCCAAGGCAAAGACUGCUUGGUCCAGAAGUUCCGCAACUCAUCUGUCAUGCUCGAGCACCCAGCAUUCCGCCCAAAGCUGUACAUUGCUGGCAAUGUUCCCGAUGCUGGCCAAGAAGAGAAGUUUCCUUCGCCCGACAACCACUCCAAGAUGCGCCGAUCAGUCGAAAAUGCUGAACAUGUCGGUCUGUAUCUCCCCAGAUCCAUGGGCCCUCGGAACAUCAAUCCCCGUGCUGUCCAUCCUCGCCGCCGUCGUGUGAGACAUGCUCGACGAUUCAAUGCGCAUGGCGUCUAUCUCCCUCCAGCACGUGCAGGAAACGUCAUUAUUUACACACCUCCACCCUCCCCAAAGUCACAGCCUCGUCGUGUCAAGUUUGUUGAUACCAAGAGUCCCUCUGACCCAUUCUCUGGAACACGCCCUUUCCCGUGA